CUCUCCCUCCCUCCCUCCCCCUCCGUCUCUAAAAACUCUUCUUGAAUCUUCUCUUCUGCUCCACACAGAGAGAACUCUAGCUGGCUGUCAUCGCAACCUUCAAGUUCAUUAUCGUUCUUUCUCUCUCUAAUUGUUUCUGCAAACGCAAACUUCCCCCAGUUGGAGCAAGUUAUGGCAGAAGGACAAGGUUUGUGGAGAAUGGGUAAUAGAGAGGUCUUGAAUUCUGUUCCUAACAGUGACAUAUCAAGUUACAAUCGGUUCUGGGUCCCUACUAGCAAUGGGAUGGUGCAGUUACAAGAAUGGAAUGAGACAUAUAACACGCUAAAGAAUAUCUUUCUUGAGCAGAUGGGGCCAUUGGCGAGUCAAACAAGUGUUGUGGCAAUCCACAGAAUCCCCUAUUCUAGUUGGUCAGGAAAUUUUAGGUAUCAAAGUCAUCAACUUCUCUUAUGGGCUGUGGCAACUAAAUGUGGUGGCAAUGCCAAUUAUACUUGGGGUUGGUAUGGUGCUUCAAAGGAUGAUAUCUCUGCAAUUGUCUCUCACGGGUUUACCAAGCCUGAUGCACCUGUUUAUGACCGAUCUCAUGGUGUUGGCAUUCAUUUGUCUCCUCAAAACUGUCUUCUUCAUGAAAUAAUUCAUUCAGCUCCUGAUGAAGAGGGCAUUAGGCAUAUUUUCAUCUGUCAUGCUAUAUUGGGAAAUGCAGAAGUUAUUAGUUAUCAUUCGGAACAGUUUAAGCCAAGUUCAGUUGAGUUUGACACUGGAGUAGACAAUGCUUUAACACCAAAAGUAUACAUUGUUUGGAGUGCUUAUAUGAAUUCUUACUUGAGACCAGACGUGGUCAUAAGUUUCAAGUCUCCCCCAUUGCAAAAUAAUUCAAGAGGGCAGUUAAGUUCAAUGCCAACCAUGAGACCGCAGAUCAGCUAUUCUAAUUUGAUUGCAAUACUUGAAAGGCUUUUGGAACCUUCGAAAUUUGGUUUGAUUUCCGAACAAUAUGAUUUAGUUGAGCGAAAGAUUAUUCCAAUUUCUGUGAUGAUACAUGUGAUGAGGGCAAUAGCUGGGGAUGAGUUGUUGGAUACUUUGGCUAAACACAAUAGAAACAUGUAACUUGGGUCAAGGGAGAGGGUAUAAUCUAGCAUAUAUCAGCACAAAUGAUCUAAAGCAGGGUCAUAUAGUAAAGGCAGACAUCUUCUUCUUUUUUUUUACAUGAUGUUGAAACAGUUACUGGUGCUCAAAGGCUCUUUGUUGUUGCUUGAUUCCUGAAGGCUGAGAGAACUGAAAUGUGAAUAUGGCACAAAAUUCAUGUAUGAUCUGUAACUAGUUACUUUUGGAUUUCUUUUGUUUCUCUACUUUUUUUUUGUUCCAUUUGUUCCGUAAGUUGUUUUACGACA